AGCUGAUAGCAAACAAAGGUUACCAAGGAAACCGUAAACGCGUAACAACUACCGUCGCCAGAGCCGCUUUCCGACGCGAAUGCGUCGGAGCUUCCUGCUUGUUUACAAUUCCUCAUCUUUAUUCCAUGAUGUUCUCGAUUCUGGACCCCGGGUGUCUGUGGUAAAGCAAACAUUAGAGCAGCGCUAUAAUGUUAAUUUACAAAAUUUGCCAAAUCCUCUUGAGGAAACAUCUUGGAUAUCUCUUUAUGGUCUUGUAUACAAAUCGACAAUGAUGCUUCCUUUUGAAUUCUUUGAGGAUCUACCAUGUUUUGUUUGCAUAACUAAGUUGUACUGAAGUACUUGAAAAUUUAAGCAGUAUGUUAACCAAGUAGAAGUCCUACACGAAAGACGUAUAAAAUGUUUACAAUCGGACAAUCGAGGAGAAUAUAAGAGUGAUAAAUUCGACCAGUAUCUUGUAGAAAAAGGGAUUAGUCAUAACUUAACAGUAGCAGGGACGCCCCAGCAAAACGGUAGAGCCGAGCGACUUAAUCCCACUUUACUAAAUAUUGUCCGUUGUCUUUUAUUCCAGUCAGCCCUUCCAAAAGUUUUUGGGCAGAAGCUCUAAAAACAGCUAAUGAUAUCCGAAACAGUUGCCCAUCUCGUGACAUUAAUAUAAAAAUUCCAAGAGAAGUAUGGUUUGGAAAAGAAUUUACACCUGCAGACAGAGGAGAUGAAAAUUUUUGGGUGCAAAGCGUGGGACCUAGUUCCCAACGCAGGAAAACUUGAGACUCGAGCAGUAGAAUGUGUGUAUCUACGCAAGGCCAGCGGAGUAAAAGGUUACAGGUUGUACAGUUAACACGGAAAUAAAAUAUGAAUCUCUAGAGACGUAAGGUUUGAAGAGGAUAUUUUUCCAUACAAAAUGACUAUUCCAACACGAAUUGAGAAUAGUCAGCCGAUAAUUGUUGAUGUUUAAGACUAUGAUAGUGACGAAAACCCAAUUCAAAUUGAAAACGAGAAUGUUUACCCAAUAAUAGACGUUAAUCCUCCUAAUAAUGAGAAUACCACUCUUAAUGUGGAUCACGAAUGUCUUACUGGCCCUCGUAGAUCAGAAAGAGCCAGGAAACCAAAAGUUUGUGAAUGCUGUUCCAAAGAUAAUCGAAGAUGGCUGAUACUCCGGCUUUAGAUGCAGAAACAGUGAGGAAUGCACUGCAGAACGUCUUAUCACAACCACAAUUUUUGGCGCAAAUUUCCUCGUGUCUUCUAACUGCUUCAUCUGCAGCAUCUGCCACACCUGCUGCAAUAACUCCUCCUGCCAUACGUUCUGUAGGUAACCCACUUGUUCCACCUCCUGCAUGUAUGCAACCUCAGUCUGUGUCUGCCACAUUGACUUUACCUGCCGCAUCUGCUCAGUCUCUUACUCAGUCCACCUCGAAUGUCACACCCACUUUACCUGCACAAUCUGCAAUCCACUUUCCAGGGCGCUCCAUCCUGCAACAGCCCCCUGGUAGUAGAGCACGGGCAGCAGUGACAAAUUUAAACUUAGCUCUCAGCUCCGCGCUCAAGAAAAGAAAGCUAGAACAAGAGAUGAAAGCUAAUUCUCCUCGACCGAUUAUUUUUCAGAGCAAGCUUGUGUUACUCUCUAAAAGCGACUGUUAUGACCCCAUAAACAAAGGCGAUGAACUGCACUUAGGUCGAAAGAAAAGAUUCGCGGAAGGCGUAAAGUUUAACAGAAUACGAGGGGUAUUCGUAAAAUAAUGUCAAACCGAGAGGAACAGCCAGGUCCACAACAGCCCUUGGACGCCACGGGUAUGAGGGUGCUCCAAUGCGCCCCGCCACCCUCACCCGGAAUGGACAGAGUUUUCGUCAUUACUUACGUGCAUAAUUAUGGUCAUGAAUCGAGAACCAUCUACAGACUUGCAAAUCCCGUUAGAGACGUGGGGGUGCAAACCGAAAUGAUUACGCCACCGCCUCAGUUUUCCGCUGCCACAAAUCAACCACCGCCACCGCCUCAGUUUUUCGUUGCCACAAAUCAACCUCCGCCGCCGCCUCAGCUUUCCAGAGAACAGAUCGUCGCGGGCAGGGGCAGGGACAUCAGCCCGAGGCUGCAACAGCGGCUCGGCCCGGCUCCAGAACAACGCCCGGGACCGCAUUGUUUUCAGCCUUCGCCUAGCCUUGUACAGUUUCGAGUUUUAUUUUGCCUUUGUUCUUCCAGUUUUGGAUUUAGCUCCUCGA